UGGGAUAGAUUUGGCUCUUGCUUGGCUAUAUCAAAAGUUUUCUCGUAUAUGCACGGAGAAUACCACGGAGCCAUAUCCAUGGGCCCGUCGUAUAUCAGUACAAUGGGACGAAACGUGUCUAUGUCGUCAUCAGAAUGAUGUAUGGAGUACACGGCUUGAUGCACGACGCAAGAUGCAAUAAUAUAUGGCCCAGCUACAUUUACUUUACCUAUCCCUGUGGCACGGCAGUGUCGGAAAUAAGAUUACAACUCUACGGCAGUGCAGCCAGGUUGAAUGUGGGAAUUUUAUGGUUUUGCUCUACUCACGUUCGAGAAUAAAAUAAACGCCUGAAGAACUUCCACUUCGACGGAGGAUUAAAAAUGGAUCCAGCUUCGGCCUGAGGGCCUUAAAAUGAGUUCCUACUUAUUUCCAUCCGAUAUAUAUCCAGAUUCUACGUCGACACUAGCCAUCACGCAUGUCGUCUCUUUGGGUACAGGGGUUGGCUGUUAGUCUCAUUCUACCUGGCAAUGUCACUACUCUUAUGCGCUUAUGGUGCGGAGAACUGUCAACUUGGUCUAUAUGAAAUGAUUUCGAUUGCAUGUUUCUCUGUGUCGUUCAAAUAACUUAAGAAUAUAAAAAUGAAACCAGCAACUAGAAGGUUAUUGACAGAAAUUUAUGGUAAGAUAUUAUUUCCUCCUCUCACAGUGAAAACAUAUAAAAAAAGGAUUCAAGGCUAACCGACGGUUAGAUACUAUUUCCUGCAGCCGCCUGGUACUUUGCAUCAAUGUGUUGUGCGAAAUCAACGAAUCCACGAACAACAGUCAAACCCUGCAGGUAUGACAGUCGUGGAUCACAGAGACUUCGAUAAUUCGUGCCGAGUUUCUCCUCUGAUCCCAUGUCCGAGCCGUCAACGCACUCGGUAACAAACUCUCCGGUUUGUUCGAGAUGGAGCCCUCCAAGGGUAGAGCCGUUCUCCCUGUGGACCCGGUAGUAUGUCGUUGCCUCCCGGAGGAUAGAACUGAUAUGGCGUGUCUUAUGUCCCGAGCUGGCAGUGCAAGUAUUACCGUGGCAUGGAUCACACAUCCAAAGUGGUCUGUGGCCAGACUUGUGGACGGCCUGGAUCAGGGGUGGGAGAACGGUUUCAACCUUGUCCGCUCCAAAUCGAGUGAUAAUAGUGAUGCGGUCAAUAUGAUCCUGAUCUUGAGCGUUGGGGCAGAUGCAGUUCAGCAGUUCUACCAAUGUUUCUCCAGUCAUGGUAGGCCCAACCUUGAUUCCUAUGGGGUUUCGCAGUCCACGCCCGUAUUCGACAUGGCCACCGUCAAGCUGUCGAGUUCUCUCGCCGAUCCAAAUAAAUGAGGCAGAGGUAUU